AUGUCAUCCGACUCGAAGACACGGUCCAAGUAUAUCUACAAAAUACUACGGUCAAUCUUCGCACAGCCGCCAGUCAAGAUCAUUGUGGGCAGCGACGAGCGUGUUUACUACGUCCACCGUGGAACGAUUGAGGUCCACCCCGCAUUCGAUGCCCAACUAAAGGCGUCGACUAACAAAUACGAGGAGACGAUUGAUUGGUCCGGUUUUGACGAGCAGACCAUUGAUUGCGUAUUGAGCUUCCUUUAUACUGGAGGCUAUCGGGCACAUCAAGCGAUCUCUGUGGCAGUUCAGGAAAAUGCGGCAGAUGCGGGGCAAGAGGCCCAAACGCAAGACAGAGAAGAAGAACAAGAAGUAGUAGUAGAUGAGGCAGUGGAGGCGGAUGAAGAAGACGAACCAGCAACACCAGGCGCAAGGUCACCAUCGCAUGCUUCAUGGCCACUGUCCCCACCUUCAAGAUCCCCUCCACCACCUCAAAGUCCACAGUCACAGACUUCAUGGCCACAUGAACCAUAUCCAAUGUUUCCUGCACCUGCAAGGCCAGCGCCACUAGUUGCAGAUGUGUCCAUAGCCCCAGACUCGCCACUUUCCCAGGCCCUAUCAGAUUUUGACAUAAAUGACAGACCCCUGACGCCUUUGGAAUUCUGCGAUGGGGUCACUCUGACCACGGAGGGACAAAAGAUCCCCGGCCACGAAAGACAAGACGAAGAUGAAGAUGAAGAGCCGGAACAAGAAGCCGAAGGAAACAACUCUGCCGAGAUUUAUCUCCAUUCCAAGGUCUAUUCCUUCGCACAUCAACUUAAUUUUGCGAAAUUGGAGCAGUUUUCUCUGAACCGGCUGGCUCAGCUUCUCGUCACCCUGGAGCAAACAGACAAGGACCUAUUCCCAUAUUUGGUGGAUGCAAUCCGACUGAUCUAUAAAACAACCAGUCCUAUUGAUGAUGCGAGAAACUUGUUAUCUCAGUUUGUCGCAUUACGAUAUACCACGUUGGUUGGUGAGAAUCUAGACGAACUUAUCACAGAGGGGGGAGAGUUUGUGGUAGAUUUGUCGCAUAAGCUUGCUCGCAAGCUGAUGACUAUGUCAGCGGCAUUUAAGAGGAUUGAAUAUCUUAUUCAGAAGAAUGAGGAGUUGAAAGCAGAAAGUGCAGAGAAAGAUACAGAGCUGAAGGCUCUGAGAGAGGAGGCUAGGCCACAUGCACAUGGGUUUCCGGCUUUCACAUAUCAGAUUUGA